AUGUUCUCCCGUUAUGCCUUCCGCUGUGCUCAGCCUUUGAGGCAGAGCGCCCGCCAAUACUCCACCGAAGCCCCCAAGAGCAAGUCCCUUGCCCCAGUCUAUUUGGCUAUCGGUCUGGCAGGUCUUGGAGUUGGAGUGUACCGCUAUCAGUCCGGUGCUGCCACCGCAGAGGCUCCUGCCGACCGCCCCAAGGUUUUCACAGGCGGAGACCAGGGAUGGGUUGAUCUCAAGCUGUCCAACAUUGAAAUCCUGAGUCACAACACCAAGAGGCUACGCUUCGAGUUCCCCGACAAGGAGGCCGUAUCCGGUCUUCAGGUCGCCUCCGCUCUUCUGACCAAGUACACUCCUCCCGAUGGUGGAAAGCCGGUCAUCCGUCCCUACACUCCUACUAGCGACGAAGACCAGCCCGGCUACCUCGAGCUCGUUGUCAAGCGCUACCCCAACGGCCCGAUGUCUGAACACAUUCACAACAUGAACGUCGAACAGCGCCUGAACUUCAAGGGACCUCUGCCCAAGUACCCUUGGGAAGCCAACAAGCACAAGCACAUCUGCUUGGUCGCUGGUGGAACCGGAAUCACUCCCAUGUACCAGCUCGCCCGUGAGAUCUUCAAGAACCCCGAGGACAAGACCAAGGUCACUCUCGUUUUCGGAAACGUCAAGGAGGAGGACAUUCUCCUGAAGAGAGAGUUUGAGGACUUGGAGAACACUUACCCUCAGCGAUUCCGUGCCUUCUACGUUCUUGACAAUCCUCCCGAGGGCUGGACUGGCGGCAAGGGCUACAUCAACAAGGAGCUUCUGAAGACUGUCCUCCCUGAGCCCAAGGAGGAGAACAUCAAGAUCUUUGUCUGCGGUCCUCCUGGAAUGUACAAGGCCAUCAGCGGACCCAAGGUCAGCCCCAAGGACCAGGGCGAGCUCACAGGCAUCCUGAAGGAGCUGGGUUACAGCAAGGACCAGGUGUACAAGUUCUAG